CAUGUUUGACUGAACCAUUCUUUUCAAAAUCGGAUAAAGCGGUGCCUCAUAAGACAAGCAUACCUUCAAGUUAAAGUUCUCGUACCCUAAGGUAACAAAUAUGACGAGACAACUGGGCUAACCCCAAAAUUGCCAUCGCUAUGAUUCUACAUUCACCAGGGCCUCACGGGGUUAAUUUGUACUGUAUUAUUCUGGAAGUGAUUCUGUAUUCCAUAUCAAUCUUAGCUGGGAUUCAUCCGUCCAGUUUUCUCACGGUUCUACCUGCUUGGGAUUAUUGCACUGCCUUUUUGGCCACUCUCGACUUACAGUUUACUGGGCGGAUACUGCCAGGCGCUCUACAAGAAUCUAUAUCUCAAUUGAAAUUCUUUCCAUGGCUUGUUUCGCGGAUUUAAGAAUGCCGCAGAAACUCCUAAUGUUGUACAGAAUGCCAGGUUGGAAACUUACCAAUAAGAGUGGUAUAUGGCAUCUCAGCGGGAGAAUAAGGCAAUCUCCACACAGCGUAUCGCCGCCCCCGCACAAAGUAGGUAGAGAACAGCAACGCGAACUUCGGCUCUCAGGACUAAGACUUACAUUAAUAAUACGACGGAAGCUUGCGAGGAGUUUGCGAACUCCAAAAAUUGGAAAUUGGCUUGACCACUCGCAACAGCUUCUGCUUGACCGCAAAUCUUACACCGUUCAGGACCACCGCUGGGAGCUGGAUAAUUGCCUACUAUCCGCCACCACGCGAUCUAGAAGGACCAUUUUCACGAUCCGUCACCGUUCAAGAUGUGGCACAGGCCGCUUUAUCAUCCACAAUCUGACAUCGGUGAGCCAGAACCGACAGUCUUACAUCCGCGUGGCAUUAUCCUCGAUCGCCAAUUCGUAAACCCGCCGGUAUUAUCGGAUAUGUCUCUACGCAAAUGAAAAUCGCUACGGUAUCUGAGACACAACGAUCGCCGCGCCUCCAGAUACCUGGG